AUGCAAUCGUCAAAUUUAUCAUCUGUUAAUUGUUUUGAUGAAGCAGUAAGAACAAAUUCUAUUACCAUUCCAACUUAUCUUGAUCGACUUAUAUUACGAACUCAUCAUAAAGAUGAUAGUGCAAGUUGUGCAGCAAUAUUUUCUGAUUCAUUCUCAAGAAAAUAUCUUCGUUUUCUUCAACCACCGAACGGUUGGGGAAAUGAUGAAGAACGAAAAAAGAAUAAACAAUGGACCGUAGAAGAUUUUGAUGAUCGAGUUAAAGUACAAACUGCAGCAAGAGCAAAUGGAAAAAGUUGUGUUUUUAAUAUAAUUUUAUUAGCAUCAACAUCGGGUGAAACCACUGAUAGAUGUAUUGGAACAACAGGUUUUGUCACAAUUGAUGGUCAUGUUGGAUAUUUAGGAAUUAUUACUGAACAAAAUACAACUCGAAUGGGAUAUGCAACAGAAGCAUUAUAUACUUCAAUUGUUUUUGCAUUUGAAAAACUAGGUAUAAAUAAAAUUAUUAUGCAAACUGAUGAACAAAAUCAAGAAAUGAGAGGAUGGUGUGAAAAUAUAGCUGGAUUAAAAUUACAUAAUAAGAAAGAAUUGGAAAUUAAUAAUUAUACAUUUAUUCAAUGUGAAUAUACAUUCGAUUUAGAUCAAUGGAAUAAUUCAAUAAAAAAUCUAUUAGAAGAUAAAAUGAAUAAAUGUGUUCCAUUAGAAACAAUAAAUAAUUAA